AUGUCGGCAACCGAUACUUACCCAAAUAAUCCUAGAGUCACCGCGCCAGGUGGAGCUACUGAAAUACCCGGAAUGACGACUGCGGCUCCCCAUGAUGAGAACGCAGCGUGGGGGCGGCGCCAUGAGGAUGUGGAGGAGAAUAAGUCGGGAAAGAGAAAGCUUCUCAAAGCAGGAAUCGUGGCCACAGAUUUUUUGUUGAUCUCGCUUCGUUUUUUGCAGUUUGUUGCGAGCGUGAUCGUGCUGGGGCUCCUGGCGUAUGUGCUGAAAGGCUACGAAUACCACGGAAGCCGCAAAACAAAUUAUGGCUUGGCUGUUGCUUGCAUUUCGACUUUCUACCUAUUAAUGCUGUGUAUCUUGGCACCCGUCUUGCACAGGUUUUUGAUGCCCGGGCUGUACUUAAUUUUGGAGGCGAUUAUGACGAUCUUGUGGUUGGUAGCGUUUAUCGUUCUGGCCAAAGCGCACGGUUCCAGGACAUGCGGCCUCAGUUCCACCAACACGUACAAUUCGCAGUACGGGUCGUUUUCGGAUUUUGUCAACGCUGGGGGGUCCUACGACCCGUACACCGGCCGUUACACCAGCAAUGCCCACAUGCGGGCCUGUCGUAGCUCGCAGGCUGCUAUUGCGUUUUCCGGUAUGGCUACCAUUUUGUUUAUUGUUUCGCCCAUACUGAUUGGGCUGCUUGUCAUUAAGCCUUUGUUGGCAAGAAGUGGUGGUCGCUCUAGCUCGUUGUGGCAGCCUUAUAAGAACGCAGGAUUAAAACUCAACCCCCACACUGGCCUCCGCGUCAGUGACGCAGAGCGCAGCGACACUGAAGCCCUGGGACAUGCCGCGGGAGUUACUGGAGCUGGCCACGACCAGCACACCUUCUCCACUGGGGAUUCCACCUACAACGGAGUCCACAACGACAAGCUUGCAGACUCUGACCACAGACGCAAUGUCUCGGGAGCAACCGAAAUGGAUCCUCACGCUACCAAUACUAAUCCCACCACGGCCGACGCAACCAGUCCCUCCACCGACCCGAACGUAAUGAAUAAUACAACUUACUCUGGGAACCAGCCCAUCGUGACUGACACCUCAGUAAACCCCAGAACUGAUGGAAACCCUAAUAUAAGCACUGGACACCCAAUCUAA